AUGACGGCAGACGUGAGCCAUGCAGCAUCACGCGUGCUCACCUCCAACAGUCCCCGCGACCCGAGCUUUGAUGACUUCUCCUUCGUCCCCUUCCUCCGCCAGAGCUACGGCUUCGGCCUCGCCAGUGAUGUACCCGUCUGCAAAGCCUACAGCGAAGGCCACUGCCCUCUGGGACCAGCCUGUCCCGAUCGCCACCCGACCCCAUCGCGUGUCACCACGUCGACCACCACCGCGUCGGGACUAGCACCGUCAACCACACAUGGGUCGCUGGUCUGCAAGCAUUUCCUCAAGGGACUCUGCAAAAAGGGUCUCAAGUGCGAGUACCUUCAUGAAUACAACCUCCGCCGCAUGCCGGAAUGCCAGUCCUUCUCGCGGUCCGGCUACUGUCCCAAUGGCGACGACUGCCUGUAUCAGCACGUGCGGGAGCAGGCGCGUCUGCCCCCCUGUGAACACUACGACCGGGGAUUCUGCGAGCUGGGACCCCUGUGUGCCAAGCGGCAUGUUCGUCGGCGCUUGUGUCAAUACUACUUGGCUGGGUUUUGUCCGGACGGCAAGGCCUGCGUGGAUGCUCAUCCCCGGUGGUCGGAGAACCUCCCCCGUCCGCAAAUCCGGGUCGAGAAGACCGAAGAGGAGCUGGAGCGGGAACGGGCCUUGAUCCGGGAGGAGCAGGAGAAGGAGAAGGAGCGUGAGAGGGAGUGGAGGAGUGAGCGUGGUCGCGGUGGAGGCUUCAUGCGGGGUCGGUACCGGGGACGUGGACGCGGAUAG